AUGGCCAAAUACGCAAAUCUGCGCGAUAGAGUCUCAUUUCCUAGAGUCCUUGACCUGCCGAAUUACCAGAUCUAUGACCCAGAGCACUAUAAACAUGUCAGUGACCAGGUGAUCGAACCACGAAGGCAUUGGUGUCUACUCGCGGAGAUUAUUAAGAUAAAUAAAGGCUUUCCGCUCAAACUCAUGGCUAGCAGUCUCUAUAACGAGGACCCAUUUCAUAUCGUCUUUCAUACUCAUGAUCUAGGAGGCUCGUUCGUGACACCUGAUCUGAAGAACGAACGUACGGUUGCCAUCAUGUAUGCUCGAAAGCAUAUCUCACGCUGGAACUCAAUCAAUGUUAUUGUGACGGACCAUUACUCGAUCAAGACUUGCCACAUGGACGAUCAGAAAAAGGAACAUGGCAAGUACUGCAAGGUCAUCCGGGACAGGCACUUUCAAGCCAUGUGGAUGUUGGAUUGGCAGCGGUUCAGGAACUUCCUGACUUUUCCCUGCGCAGCCAAUGAGCCUGACAUCUCGAUGGCGCUGUAG